UAAGAUAACGUGUGCCAAGGGGGCAUGCUUUGUAUUGACUACCAAAUCAGCAUUGUCCUGGGCUGCAUAUAUAAAGAUUGUGAGAAAGUCUGUUGCUCAUCUCUCACACAGUUCAGCUGUACAGUUACCUCGCACCCUUCUGUCCAACGGGACAGGGCAGGCAGCUCACCUUGCAGGACACACAACAUACAGAGAACCCACAGUCUUGGUUUUGAGGAUGUCUCCCAAGAGUGACUGUCCCCAUAUGCAGAGGAGAAGCGAGUCAGAGCUUUAUUACGAGAUUUCGGACAAUGAAGUGCCCCCUUUCUCACCCCCCUGCACCCCAGACUCCCAGUUAAGCCUUGCAGAAAGUGAAGACUGCACUUUGGUAGAUGGCUACUCCCACCCCAGGGGGAAUGAGAGAAAGAAGCAAAAGGUGAAGCGAAUGCGAUCAAAGGUAAAGAGCAACACCACUGUCAUAAAACAGAGGAGAAAUCGCAGAGUGAAAGCCAAUGACAGGGAGAGAAAUCGCAUGCACAACCUGAACUCAGCUCUGGAUGCACUGAGAAGUGUCCUACCCACCUUCCCAGAUGAUGCCAAACUCACCAAGAUAGAGACCCUAAGGUUUGCACACAAUUAUAUUUGGGCUCUGUCGGAAACUCUCCGGAUGGCUGACCAGAGCCUCCUCAGCCCCGAGCAGCAGCACUUGUUGGACUCCUUAAAGAAGCUCCCCAAAAGUUGCCUGAUGAUGGAUCUCUCCAGCCCUACCAGCAGCACUUCCUCGACUGAAUGGGACUCUCUGUACUCCCCACUGUUCCAGGAUAGUAGCCUCAGCCCCACCGGUUCCAUGGAUGAAUUGAUGCCUCAGUCCCACCCUUGCCUAAGACACAGCACUUCAAUAGCAGCAGAGUUUGUGUAAAGCUGCCAUACAGCUUCCCCUGCUCCUACCCAUUGGCUCGUGUGGGACUCUCACCAUAUAGAGCCACACUACUAAGCUACCUAACGCAUCUGCCUUCCCUUUAAAUUAUAUUCUCUCUCUUCUUCCCAUAUUUGCCUUAACAAAGCAUUCUCUACUCUGUGCACUUUGUAUACUAAUCACCCUUUGCCCCUUAGUUUGACGAGCUCUUAUAUACGUUUAUAUCCAACUUUUGUAUUUUCUCCAACUUUUUCUUAGUGUGGAAAUCGUGUAAUUUUAUACUGAUUUUUUUUGUUUGUUUGUUAUGGCUGGUAUAUGGCUACACAAGCUCUGUCAAUAUUAUGCUGCAUUGAAACAAAAUGAUUUCCCAUAAUCAAUGUACUUAAAUUAUAUAAUUUGCUGUUCAGUGUAUUUAUUAUUUUUAAGUCAUAAGAAAUAUAUAUUUUGUACAAAUGAUAAGAAUAUUUUUUUCACACCAGCCAGGAUUAUUGAACUAAAAAAUGCUGGCAAUAAAGGUUUCUUUACAAAAUAUA